AAUAAUAAUAAUACAACAAAACAUUGUAAAAUAUGUGGCGAAAAUGCGACAGGCCGUCAUUUUACAGUCAUAUCUUGCGAGUCGUGUAAAUCAUUUUUCAGGCGAAGUGCGUUCAAAGAAAAGUGGUUGAAUUGUCCAUCAAAUGGCAAAUGUGUGAUAACAGUAACAACGCGAAGAUUUUGUCAAAAAUGUCGUCUAAAUAAAUGUUUGGCCACAGGAAUGAAAAAAGAAAUGAUAAAAACAGUUGAGGAACGGGAUAUAAAAAAUAAUAAGUUAUUAGAAGAAAAUCAACAAAAGAAGAUAAGACGGGAACGAAAACAACAACAAUGUUAUGAAGACAUCCAUUCAGAGGAACCGUCGAUAACUACCGGUUCGCUACAAUCACAGUCAACAACAACAACAACAACAACACAGGACACCGAUUAUGACAAUACAGAUAACGAAAGUUUAUGGGAACUGAUUGAUAGUUCGUUAAAUGUUACGAAUGAUGAGCUCAGGGAUCAGAUUAUGGAAAUUGAAAAUAUUAUUACGACUAUUACUACUGAUGAUGACAUCGACUAUGAUAUCAACAAUAUGUUUGAUGACUAUAGCUUAGACACACAUACAUUAGUACCGGUCUAUUCUCAACUGGUAGACCAUCAAGGGUUCAACCAAUUGGAAGUCAACCGUAUGUCAGAGUUACUUAACUCGCUAUCGGUAUUAGACUAUCCGAUUUGUAAGGAUAACAUUGUACGGGUGUCCGACUUGACCGAAAUCAUGCGAUUUUCCGGACUCAAGUCGGAGCUAAUGGUCAAAGAUAUUGUCUCGUUUACCAAAGGGUUGCAAUCAUUCAGGAACUGUUGUCUUAGCGAUCAGAUGUCACUGAUAAAGUACGGGUGCUAUGAUAUAGUGAUGCUCAGAUCCCUGAGCUGUUACGAUAAGGAUCUACAAUAUUUUGUAUUACCAGUGGAUGAUAAAAAAUCUAUAAUCGUCAAUAUGGUAACGUUUAAAAAACUUAAUUCACAUUAUCAUGAAAAUUAUAUGCAAUUGUUGGCAAAAAUAAUGGACCAAUUUAUGCCCGUUUGGACACAAGAUAAAAUCAUAAUGGAUUUGAUGACAGCAAUUGUGUUGUUUGAUCCGAACCGACCAAAUCUCAAACACCGUCACAAUAUAAAACUGGACCAACAAUUAUAUAUAUAUUUACUGAAACGAUAUCUACAAUUGAAAUCGGAGUCGGAGUCUGGUAACCGAUUAUGUCGUCUGAUGACUUCAAUCGAUAAUUUUCAUGCACUAAGCGAUUAUCAAAAACAAUGGGCUAUGGAUUUAGGUAAACAUAUUAUCAAUUAUUACGGACCACUGGCCCGGGAGUUGAUUUUUGAGACUUGGGAUGUCGUCUGA